AUGAAACCAAAAAUCAAAGAAAAAUUAUUCCAUAAUAAACCUAACUAUCCUGAUAAAUUAUUUUGUAAUAUAUGUGAUUCAAGUUUUGUCGGAUAUUCUUCCAACACAAAUUUAAGAAAACAUUUUACCAAAUAUCACAAAAAAGAACUUGACGAAUUUGAUAUUAAUGAUAUUUCAUCCGAACUUACGAGACUUGAAGAAUCAGUAUUAACUUUUGAUGAAGAAGUUAAUGAUGUUAAUCCUAUUUCAAAUAUUAUUCGUAAAAAUAAUAAUUUUAAAGGAUUGAUGGAGGGGUUUGAAGGACAAGGUGAAAUUGAUAUUGUCAAUGGUAAAAUAAAAUUUAAGGGAAAAUUUAAUUAUAAUAAAUAA